GGCUCGAGGAUGGUCGCCCCGCGGGCCGAGACCCCCCCCCAGCCUGGCGCCUGUGGCAUGCCGCAGAUCCUCUGGGGCAUCGGCUGCCUGCGGACCCGCGACCGGGCGAGCGGCGCCGCGGUGGUGGAGGAGUUCCGGCAGGCUGUCUUGCCGCUCUCGCGGCAGCUGAGGGGCGCCGCCGACAACGUCACGCCCCGCGUGGAGCUCUUCCGCCUGGUGCCGAUCACGGACCUGUCGGGCGAGCUGAAAGGCGACGACCAGGUGCUCUGCCGGCUACCCGACUCGACCUUUGACUGCGCGGCGAUCGAGGACAUCUGCCAACGGUGCGACGACGCCGAGGUGCUUGCUGAGCGGGUUCGAGAAUCCUUGAUGACUUCCUCGCGUAGGCCCGAGACCCUGGACGAGCGGACGUCGAUAACAACGCCCAGUGCAGGCACCCCUCCGUCCACUGGGCGAGGGGGCCUGAUCAGCCUGGAGAUGGGGAGGCAGACCUCGCGCAGCGGAGCUUCUCCACUGUCGUCUCCGCGCGGCGGCGGCUCGGCGAGGUCUGCGGCUGGCGGCUCGGCGAGGGAGGCGUCGCUGCAGCACCUGCGCGACGAGAACGGGGCGCUGCAGCGGAGACUCUGGCAGAGCGAGGUCCUCCAGAAGGAGCUGAAGGAGGCCCACGCCGCCCUGCAGGCCGACUUGGAGCGCCUGAGGCAAUCGCUGCCAGCUAACAUGCAGGCCAGCGCCACGGACGACAAAGAGAGAGGUGGUGGCAGCGCAGUUACCAUCGCGAUGCCGGCGAGUGCGGUCAGGCUGCCCCUGGCGUGCUUCGGGGGCGGCGCGGACACCGCGGCCGGGGGUGCGGACGGCGCCCUGGCCGAGGGCAAGUCGCCGCCAGAGGCCGCCGCGGUGCCAUCCAGGAGGCCGCGGUGGUUCUGAGCCCGAGUGCCAAGCCGCUGGCGCGCGCUCGCGCGCGGCCUUCUGCGACGCGGCGACGCGCCGAGCGGCCGAAGCCACAAGGUGGGCGCAGCUGCCGCCUCAAGCCGCAGCGGUGCCCGCCGGCACGCCACAGCUGUUCUGAGCCGCAGUGCCGAGCCGUCGGCGAUCGCGCGCGGCCCUCUUUCGUGACAAACGUGAUGCCAAACAGACAUGGAGAUGGGGGAUGUGACUCAAACUGGUCAUAUCCCGCCCGCUUUCGCGAUCCGAUGCUGGCUGAUCCUGCCUUCGGGCCAACGUUUGGGACCUGCCUGCGCGGACACGCGGCCCGGCGCAGCCGGGGCCCCGCCGCGGCGCGCGGGGGCCCCGUCGGAGCGCGGCGCGCCGGAA